AUGGUCAAGUUCCUCAAGCCCGGUAAGGUUGUUGUCGUGCUUCAAGGCCGCUAUGCGGGUAAGAAGGCUGUGAUUGUGAAGAAUGUGGACGAUGGGUCUUCGGCUCAUCCCUACGGGCACGCGCUCGUGUGCGGUCUGUCCACGAUCCCGCGCAAGGUGACGAAGAAGAUGGAUGAAAAGAAGCAAGCCAAGCGCUCGCGAUGCAAGACGUUCAUCAAGAACGUCAACUACUCUCACCUCAUGCCGACGCGUUACACGCUCGACGUCGACCUCAAGAAUGUCGUCACGUCCGACGCGUUGGACAACGCCACCAAGAAGGUUGCGGCGCAAAAGGAGGCGAAGAAGCUUCUCGAGGAGCGAUUCAAGACUGGCAAGUCUCGUUGGUUCUUCACCCGUCUUGCCUUUUAAG